AGGGCGAGAUGGAGGCUGCGAGGAGGACAUAUAGCUAUCAAGCGUGAUACUAUAUAUGGAUGCCGAUGGCCGCAUAUGCGGCAACCAUGGCGGCUCUGGCGGCUUCGAUGCCGCCUUGAGCAGCGACAGCGUCACCGAUCCUCCGGCUCCUCUGGUCAUCGCGUGCCGCGCGGGAGCCAACGGGCUGUCCCAGGGUGUCCGGCACGGCCACGCGCUCAGCCUCCGGAUGCCGCGCCGAGGCAGCAGCAGGGACGGGGACCACCUCGUCGAGGGCCUCUGCGGCGCGCUCGGCUGCCUCUCGCUCGGUCGCUGCCUGUGGCGCGGGCACGGCCAGGCUGUCGGCCUCGGCCUGGCGCACAGCGGUCGGGCGACGCCUGGCCCACGCAGCACGGCGUGUGGACGCCUUGCAAUGGGCCUCGAAAGCCACGACUGCGGCUGUGGCCUGCCCCUGCCCGGCCAGCGGAAGCCCAUGACCACUGGCUUCGGCAGCACCAGCGCCGAAAGCACCAGCAGGCAGACGCGUCACAAGGCGGAGCGCGCGAUCACGAGAGGCGUGGCCAACACCACCAGGAGCUCCAGCGGCAGCAGCAGCAGCGGGUAGCACGUACCUGCAAUCUCCACGAUGGUCCGCACGAACGUCGGCUGCUGGUGGCGGCGGCAGAUCUCGUGGAGGCCGUAGCAGGGCCGAAGACGAUGACAUCAACCUCGGCGAAAACGGCGGAGG